AUGAUCGCUAGCCAUUGUCAGUCGAUUUCAGGAAAAUGGUACGUAAAUCAGAGUGUGAAAGUUGUGUGUAAGCUCGGGGUGUCGGAGGCGUCCCGGGACGUCCUCUCUAGUUUAGGUUUGCGCCCGAGUGGGCCGGACAGGUUGGCACAGUCUCUGGUCGCGUGUCUUCUUUUCGCGUGUCCAACCUGUUGGAAAUUUAAUUUGAAAAAUCGACAGUGGUACAAGUGGAGCAUGCCACCUGCUUCUGACUUUACUCUUCAAUUUUUUGAAUUUAGUAUCGCGGUCGCGGUCGCGGAUAGGUCGCGAGUAGGUACCGAAACGGACGUUCAUAAAGACUCGAGCGUAGAUUUAAGUUUCAGCGGGCAUCGCGCCCGAAGAAAAGAAGAGGCUCGGCAAACUGCCAUAGAAGAGGGCUGCAACAAAUGGCUUAUCAUUCUCUGGAUGGGAAAUCCAUCUAAAGCAUGA